AUGACCCCAUCUACUCGACACUCCAUCCUCCAUCCUCCUCCUUCCUCUCCUAUCCGUUCUAGUUCUCCUCGCCACUCCCGUAGUCGACGCAGCAACCACCCUCAAACUCUCCAAACACGUCACCUCAUCCGCUUCCGGCCCUCUCACGGGAGGAGGAAUCACAAGCGGCGUCAAGAUUUUGAUAGUGACCUUAAGGGGGUUAUAACAAGUUUGGCUUCCCCACUCAUCAGAUCCACGCCAACUAGCGUGGCUGCUGUUAAAGCUACGGACGAUCCGGAGGAAGCUGCCAAUGUGAUCAUUUCCCAAGUCACCAGAACGAGGACUAGGACAGUUUCAGCCACUGUGCCUACUCCUACGGAUACAGCAAAAGCAGAAGGCCCAGCACUGGGUCAGGAACCGGAUCUGAAUUUGGACAAUACAGGUGGUCUGGCUUAUACGAUUGACGUAAAUGUCGGUGGUAUAUCUGUCCCUGUGAUUGUCGACACUGGUUCUUCAGCAUUUUGGGUACCUACCUCAUCAUGCCAGACAUGCAAAGAGGCAGCUAUGACCAUAUCGCCGUUGAUUGUACCUGAUGGAUGUGAAUCCCAAAAUAUCACUUAUGGUAUUGGUUCUGCGGAAGGAUGUUACGCCCAUGGGGCAGUGUCCAUCGGUCCAUAUAAAGUACCAGAUGUGGAACUUAUGGGUGUGACGGCGAUAGAUGCAGCUUUAGCAUCUUCUGGGUCUGUCUUGAGCGGUAUUCUUGGUCUCGCUGGCGAAACGAACGGUGAUGGAAAUCCUACAUUGGUCAAGGCGAUGUACGAUCUAGGAUUGAUCAAAGCGAAAACGGUGGGUUUCUAUCUGUCAGAGGAUGAGAAUGUAGAUAGUGAAAUUACAUUUGGAGACGUGACGACCAGUGAACACGCAGAUCCCAACCACAAAGUCACACUACAGUCUGUCCCUAACGAGAUGAACCUGUACGAGGUCAUUCUAGAUUCUCUGACUGUGGCAAACGAAACUGUUUCUGGCUCAAAGACGGUCAUCAUAGAUACGGGGAGUUCAUACAUAUAUAUUCCUGAAGAAGACGCGCUAGCAAUAUACGCUCAUCUCCCUUCACCAAAGACCUCUGAUCAAGGCUACCUACUACCUUGCGCACCGGAGAAUCCUCCCACUUUGACAUUCGAUUUUGGUGGCAAAGCAUUCGAUCUAGAGUACAAAUAUCUUAUAGGUGCGGAUGUGGGCUCCCAAGAUGGUUAUUGCUGGGCUAAGAUUGGGAGUUUGAAAGGUAUGGAUACAUGGGUCAUUGGAGAUGCCUUCUUACAUACUGUAUAUACCUCUUUCGAUGUGGGGACAAAGGAAGUCACACUCUAUAAAUUGCUUUAA